AUGUCGUCGCCUUACGCAGAUCGUCCGCUCCUGCACCCCGAUAAGCAAAUCAGAUUGCUUCGGCUGGAGCAAUCAUCACCUGAUGGCGAUGACUAUUGCUUCAGCUUGACGGUUCACAACUUUUGCGAUGAUGUGUAUCAGCCACGAUACAUUGCCAUUUCGUACACUUGGGGAGAUUUUGUCCCACUCAUGCCGAUAAUUGUAAAUGGUAAAAGGAUGCGAGUGCGAUUUAAUUGCUGGUAUGCUCUGUGGCAGAUGAGACACCAUGGCGUCACCGAUUAUUUGUGGAUCGAUUCAUUGUGUAUCAAUCAAGAUAAUAAUGAAGAGAAGAACUUUCAGGUGGCUAUCAUGGGUUUGAUAUACGAAUCAGCAUUGUGGGUCGCCAGUUGUAUUGGUACUGGUGACACGAUCGGUGCCAUACAGCCCACCUCAGCAAGCGAUGGCGGCGAAGAGGUUAGGAUCGCCAGGGAGAAACUUCGAGGAAGGUUUGAUCAAAUAUCAUAUUUUGAUAGAGUAUGGAUCAAACAGGAAAUUAUUCUUGCGCGCGAUAUCACGCUUUUCUACGGAUUGAAAAGCGUCUCGUGGGAAGAUUUUAACACGUUAAUGAGUAUUGAGCAAAGAUUUUCGGGGCAAAACUUAGAAGAGAGCGCCGAUUUUGGUAUGUCCGAUGUUUUGGAGAAUUCCGGAGAUGCUUCAAGCAGUUUUUACCGCUGGGGUCAAAUACGGGAGUAUUCCAUUCAGGAAGCCGAGAUGAAUUCUACUACCCUACAACUGUGCAAUCAUCGCUCAAACUCAAAAUCUGGUACAUUCGUGGAUUUAGUUUUCCGGUAUAACACAGCAAAGGCUACCAACCCCAGGGAUAAGAUAUACGCACUUCUCUCUCUGCUCCCAAAGGAGGAUCUCAUCCGACAAAAUCUAAUAAUUGACUACGAACAACCUACAUUUCAUCUGUUUCACGCCGUUGCAAGAUUAGUGUAUAGUACAUAUGAAGAUUUAGAAAUUGGACAGAAGCAUCAGGUCCUUGAUUUGAUCAGGGAAUGGCUAGACAUCAACGAGCAUAAUCUGGAAAUGGAUGAAUACUUGAGAUCAAUUCCACCUUCACCAUCAGACUGGCUACCUUCUUCGACCUCAGAUUUGACUAAUCCCUGGCUUAAAGCAAUCGACCCUCAUAUCAGACUUGAUAUUAAGGAAUUGUGCCAAAUCCCUCAACAGAAUGAACUUCACGCCAAUCUUAACAUUCAAGCUGAGGAGUACGCGCCUUUAACAUUGCUCGAACAUAUAAAUACGUGGCGGCAGGAAAAUGAGAAAUGGUCUAAGGAGCAUAUCAAUGAACUCUUGCCUGCCAAUCUUAAGACAUCAAGAGUUACCAUCAUGUGGCCGAAUCUACAGGCGGAAAUUUUUCCAGCCAUGAAAGAGUUUCUUGUCAAUGCAGAUGUUCGAGACGGAGAUUCCAUUGCAAAAGUCGUUUGGGGUAGAUCCGAAAUUAUAUACAACGCCGCAGACCAUUGGACUGCGGCAUAUGCUGUUUUGCGCACGGUGAAAGUUAAGGACAUUGACAACGAACUAGGCAAAGAUGAUGACUCUAUCAUGGAUACCUCUGACGACGUUCUCGACGGCUUAUCAAAUCGCAAGUCAGAACAAGAGCAAGGCGCUGAUGUUCUUCUCACACUCCAUAGCUGGGCUAUUCCGGUUAGCCAAGACCUUAAAAUUCUGACAACAGGUGAAAAUUCGGAUCUUUCUGACAUAUACCGGAAUCAAAAUCCGGGCGUAUUAAUCCUACAUCAUCGAGACGCCUUGAUACCGCUGAUUUUGAACGAUAGACCAUUACAUGCAUUGCUGUAUCCCGCCCCCGCUGGAUCAUACUUAUCAACUAUUCAAUUAGACAACAAUGUGGAAUGCAAAUCUAGUCCUCGUUUGAAACAGUUAUCCGACUAUAUCAGUGACGUGUUUGGGUGA